UUACAAGCAAAGGACCGUGGAAGACGUUUUGCUGCAAUCCUGAUAACUAUGGCUAUGUCGCAAUGUCUAGAGGACUCACCGGGCUGGCGGACACCAGUAACCCGACAAAAUUCAAAUGUUAAAGAAUUGUAUAAUGAAAGGCACCGUCUCGCACUGGAAACGCUGAUUUCCGAUGGAGUGAACUGCUUUGUGGACUUUCUGAAGAAGGAAAAAAUGCCGAAUUUCCUUUCUGAUGAAGAGAUGAAACGAAUCUUAUGUGCCGCAGUUGUUCCGAGGUGCGUUUCAUUAACUGGAGAUGAUUCGCACUUUGAGCAGUCCGGCACUUUGGACUGUUCCUCUGUUACUUAUUUUCCAGAGAUUUCCGAUGUGGAGCCCCCAGUUUUAGAGCUGGGUUGGCCCGCUUUCACGACAGGUUCGUUUCGCGGAGUGACGCGUGCUGUGGCUUAUUUUCAGCCAAGUUACGGCGAGUGUAUCUACAGCUGCAAAGAGGCAGUUAGAAGGAUGAUCAAAAAUGCGAAGGAGGUAAUUGCCAUAGUAACAGACUCACUGACAGAUCUGGAUAUUUUCUGUGACCUGCAGGAGGCAUGCACUCGCUGUCGAAUCCCUGUGUACAUCCUAUUAGAUCAGUCCUGUCUUCCAUCAUUCCUUCAGAUGUGCAAAAAUCUUAAUGUACAUCUGGAGGACCUUCAGCAUAUGAGAGUAAGGACUAUAACAGGUUCUACUUACUACAUGAGAUCUGGUGCUCGAAUUACUGGAAAAGUUCAUGAGCGAUUCAUGUUGAUUGAUGGAAACAGAGUUGCAACAGGCUCCUACAGGUUCAACUGGACUGAUGGUAAAAUCAACAGUAGCAAUUUAAUGGAGCUGUCUGGCCAGAUCACAGAGAACUUUGAUGAAGAGUUCCGCAUCCUCUAUGCCCAGUCUUUUCCACUGAACACAAGAGCUUUCAUUACUGUUGGAAACUGCGGCAACUAUGACUGCCUACUCCAAAAGCCCCCAGGAAUUCCUACUUCCCAGCUUGCAAGGGCAGCCAUUGUGUCUGACCAGCCAUCAUCGUACCUGACCAGCACACCUAACAGAUGUCAGGCCACAGAGAUACAAAAGCUUGGUAAGGAAAGGAAGAAUGAGAGCAAGAAAAGUUGUUCAUUUUCUGAUAGUUUAGCAGUUGAAGAGAACUGGAUGGAACAAGGUGUUAAACAAGAUCUGAUUACUGAUGAACAUUCUGCAAAAACUGAGAAAGUUGAUGACAUAGCUAGCACUCAAAUCUUUGAAACUAGUGCAUCUUUAGUUGUCAAGUCCCGCCACACCUCCACCCAGACCGUUUGCCUGAUUUCAGACAACAUAAUGCAAACAGAAACAGACACCAGCCCUCAGCAUUUCUUACCCAUAUCCCCAAGCUUCUCUUCUAGUGAUAAUGCUAACAGCUCCAAUGAUUCCUCUUCCUCAAACUCCACACUAUCCAGGGAUUGCCCGGUCUUAUUGGAGGUAAACCACUGCCCAUCCAGCCAUCGCAGCACUCUCUCCACAAGCAAAAACAUGAAUGAGUACUUUUGCAAACUGACAAAAGAACGCCAGUAUCAUUACUCCAAUAUCCGCUCCAAGUUGGACAACAUGAUAAUGUUGCUCUCUCACAGGAGGGAGCCGAUGGAUCUUGCUGGUCUUGUUUAUGGACCUGGACUGCACAGGGGCCAAAAAAGUCAUGCAGAGGGCAGACCGCUCUGUGGCAUAAAGGACAGUGUGUUUAUGGGGACUUGGCCAAGGUCAAGGGGUCUGCAAUGAUGAGCAUGUGUAUACAGCAUUUUUGGUGUUGGGCUAUACAUUUGCAGUGGUUUUAUCAUUUGUGCAUCAAAUACGGUUUAAGGGUCUUACUCUCAAAUGCCUUAUAAGUUAAUAAAAUAUAUUUAUGGUUAGAUAUGCAGCAGGGAAAUGUACUUCUAGUUUCUUUCAAGUGAGCUGACUUAAGUAGUUUAACAUAUUUCGUUCUAUUUCUCAUUCAUUUAACAAAAGCUACUGCCUUUAUCACAUUUGUGUUUAUUUUUGUUACCAGCAGUUACUAAUAAAUAAUUAAGUACAACUUUUGCUGAUUGCUAAUAAUUUAUGAGCCAGAAUACCAGGCUUUAGCUGGUCAGGUGUACCAGGUAUAAGGUUAAUUGUAAGACUGACCUUACUGUAAAAAUAACUUGUAUGGUGAACUCAUUAUUAUCUUCAUCAGAUCAAAAAUCCAAUAUGUUUAAUCGUAAUACUAUUUACCAGCCAUUGGGCCCUCAUUCUGUGUGAAAAGGUUUUUUCAAGAAUGUGCUCAUUUUUUCCAGUUUAAUACUGUCAACCAUAUGUAGGUGUGGAAUUUAAUACUGU